AUGGCGGCGGACGACGCGACGGACGUCGUGGACGACGUCGCGCCCGAGGCGACGGCGCCGUCGACGGUCGACGCGCCCGAGCGCGCGCUGAAUAAACUUCCACCGAGUAAUCCGAACAAGAAGCGGAAGUGCGCGCUGACGUUCGCGUACGUCGGGGCGGGGUACGCCGGAAUGCAGAGGAAUCCGGGCGUGCGGACGAUCGAGGGCGAGCUGGAGGGAGCGAUCGCGCGCGCGGGAGGGAUAUCGGACGCGAACGCGGGUGAUUUUGCAAAGGUGCAGUGGACGCGGGCGGCGAGGACGGAUAAGGGGGUGAGCGCGGUCGGACAGGUCAUCGCGCUGAAGAUGGUGAUGGAGCCGGAUGGAAUGUUGGCGCGGAUAAACGAAGCGCUGCCGGAGAAGUACGAGUACGUGAUACCGACGUGGGCGUUUGACCCGAAUUUGUUCGUCGAGGGCGCGGAGAAGGAAAAGUUUACGUUUACGGAGGAGACGCGUCGUAGGGUGGAGAGGGUGCUGGGAAAUUACUGUGGAACGCACAAUUUUCACAAUUACACCGUGAAGGUGAAGCCGACGGAUGCGCAGGCGAAGCGAUACAUCUUGAGUUUUGAGUGCUCUCAGCCGUUUGAGGUGGAUGGCGAGGAGUUUGUGCGAUGCGAAGUCGUCGGACAGUCCUUCAUGCUGCACCAAAUUCGAAAGCUCAUCGGGACGAUGCUCGCGGUGAUGCGUGGGACGCUCGAUGAGGACGAUCAAAAGUUUGCCAUCUUGUCGCACCAGUUCGUGCCUACCCCGAUGGCGCCCGAGCUCGGGUUGUUCCUGUGCGAGUGCAUUUACAAGGCGUAUAACGACAAAUUUGGUUCGGUGCACGAUAACUUUGAGCUAGAAAAGUAUCGAGAUAAGAGCGAGGCUUUCAAGCGUGCGCACGUGUAUACGCACAUCGCGCGUCAAGAGCGAGAGCAGUCGACCCUGCGCAACUGGAUUAAGGAUGUUUUGCACGACGGCUUGAGGGACUCGUUCGACGUGAGCAUGGCGGCUUCGUUGCGCGCAGAGGAAAAGUUGGAUCCAACUCGCGUCGGUCACAGGGCGCCGAAAGGAACGAAGCGAGGGGCAGAAGAAGAGCACGCCACACAAAUGAGUGUAGAUGCGUUCCAAGAUGUACUCACGGUGGCGGCUGAGCGAGCUAAAAAACGCAAACUUGAGCGCCGUCAAGAUGAUUGGACGCCUCGAGCCGCCGCGCCGACGCCCUCAGAGAACAAACAGGCGCGCCCUUCCGCGCCAACCGAGACAGCGAUUCCGGAUGACGAACUGUCGGAUUCAACGUAG